AUGUCCGGAGAAAAUGUCAAGAAAACGCGACGAGGAAAACGCGGAGGCAAGCAGAAGAAGGCUAAGGAGGAAAUAGUCCAAGAUCGCAAACGCAGAAAAGUGGAAGAGGAGGACAAUGUAGUGCAAGAUCCCUCUAAUAAACCAGCUCCAGUUACCGAUACCGCUGCCUCUUUCCCCGCAGUCAACUUCACAUCGACCACAGCACCAACAUCUGAUCAACCAAAUGACUUCUGGCUUGUCAAGCCGGAUCUACGACAUUACUUGACUAGUAUAGAACGCACCAUACAGCAGGAGUUUGCUGAAAACUCGGAAGCUGAUGAUGAAGACCGACAAUUGCUACUCAACAAUGCAUUCAAGGAAAUGAAGGACAGUGAAAAGGAAAUUGCUGCUGAUGCGGAAUGCUCUCGGAUCUUGGAAGCGAUAUUGGACGUGUCCAAUGAUGAAUUGAUUGAGGCUACUUUUGUCGCCCUUCAACCAAAUUUCAUGGAUUUGGCCCGACAUCGUAUAGCUUCUCAUGUCUUGCAGAAGCUUAUUACUCUAUUGGGAAAGAUGGGUUCUCGACAGGAUGAGCCUAGACCAGAUGUCCUUUUGAAUUUCUGCAAGACGUUUUCAGCGGAUUCAUAUGGCCUCGUGGCCGACAUAUACGGCACACACGUAUUGCGAACCUUACUCGCAGUCUUGUCAGGGAGCAUACAAGAGUUAGCAGAAGCAGAUCACCGAAAACAAAGAUAUCCUGAUCGUCGACAUGACGAUGAAGCUAAUUCGAGUAGUAGAGACAGAUCACAGGCACGUGCUGGCGCAAUACCACAACCAUCAACAGGACGCUCACUAGUUCCAAAGGAGUUUACGGAAGCCUUUCAAACUCUAUGUAUCACCAUGAUUGAAAAGUUUGAGACGAUAGAUUUACAAAAGUUGGUGUUUGAUCGUGUUGCAAACCCAACUUUACAGUUGUGUCUCGUGAAUGAGCAUACAAGUCUUCCGUUUCUCGAAAAGCUUUUCAAUAUCUCUGAUUGGUCAACAACUAUUGCUGGUUCUCAGAAUGCCUUCUUGAUGGAAUUGUUGAAGCAUCCUAUUGGCUCGAGAUUGGUUGAGCGACUCAUCAUGAAUGCUGAUGGAAAAGUCUUGCGCAAACUGUACAUGACAUACCUCGCGGGACAUCUCGUAGACCUGUGUCAAGAUCCAAUAUCCAACUUUGUUGUCCAAAAGUACAUCGCUCGACUGACAACUGCAAAACAAUUGAGCAAGAUCGUCAAGGAACUCUGUGAACGAUUUACAUCUCUUUUCAACUCAAAUCGCAUUGGCGUGUGCGCAUCAAUCAUAUCAGCAUCAGCCAGAAUAGGAGCCCACCAUAAAGAAAUCUUUGAUGCAUUAGUGACUGCUGUAUCUGCUGAUCCUACUACAGUGCCACAAGAGUUUUUGAAAAAGAUCUUGUAUCUUUCCACCACCCAACAUCACGAUCGUCGCCAUCCCCGUGGUCAUCACGGAGAAUUAGGUCCUAGAAUGCAUAUUCAGGGUGCCAUGAUUGUUGAAGGGUUGAUUCAGUUUCCGUAUGAGUAUUCGCAAUAUGUUGUGUCUGGAUUUGCGGGAAUGUCGAAUGACGAAUCAGUAUCGUGGGCGUUUGAUGCUACUGGCAGUCGUAUACUGGAACGCCUCUUCCGAGCAGAACAUUUACCUGCUGAUGCAAGAGCAUCCAUAUUCAACGUGUUCAAAGACAAGUUUACACAAAUGGCUACGGAUCGAUGUGCUAGUCACGUCAUUGAUACGCUCUUCCAAUUGGGCGAUAUGGAGCUCAAACAACGAAUGGCAAGCAACUUAUUAAUGAACUAUACACCCGUCUCGACUUCAUUAUAUGGUCGAUUGGUGUUACGCAAUCUACGUAUCGAAGAGUUUAGACGUGACAAGGAAGCUUGGAAGUCUCGUUUAAGGAAUUUCGAGAAAAGAAAAGCGCAUAUGAAUUCGUUUGUGGACGAAAUGAAUUCUGAUGCAGCAAAGGCUCCCUCGGCGCCAACGAUUCGUGAUAAACCUCCAUCUACCCUCAAAGCAGCAGCAGCAAUACCAGCAGUAUCUUCUACUGCUGCUCCUAUUAUGGAUGAUGUUAUGAUGAGCAUCUUGGAUGCUGUUGUUGCAACCAAAAGUGGUGGCAGCAAAAAGCGCAAAAAGGGAAACACGGAUAAGUGA